CGCGCCGGCAGCGCAGCGGCCAUGGGGGCGCGGCUGGGCCGGCGGACCGGACCCGAGGCGGCCUCGGAAGCCGGGGCGGCGGCGGGGUGCGGGCCCGCGCCCUAUGAGCGCCGGGUGCGCUGGCUCCGCGAGAUCCAGUCCACGCUCCGCGAGCGGCGGCCCGAGCGCGCGCGGCAGCUGCUGCGCCUCCUGCGCCAGGACCUGGGCCUCGAGGGGACCCUCCUCACCGACAUCCUCUAUAGGAAUGUGGCCUUCCUCAAUCUGGUGGACCCUAUCUCCCAUGACCUGCUCGUGAACCUGGCCCGUGACCUGCAGUGCCCCAAGACGGACUAUGAGCUCUGGAAGUCCUCGGACAAGAUCUGCCGACAGCUCAUCUACCACCUCACCCCUCACUCCAAGCGGCAGCGAGGAUCCAGCCUGCUCCAGAGGAAGACCCAGAGCUGCCUCAAGAGCAGCCUCCAGGUGACUCAGCUGGCUGGGGAGACCGUGAACCUGUCGGGGAUUCCACUGUCGGCGCGGGAUGUGCAGCACAUUGUGCGCUACCUGGGAAACCAGGGAGCCGGGCUCACGGUGCUGGACCUGAGUUUCACGGGGCUCAGCGAUGAGCUUCUGCGCCUGCUGCUACCCAGCCUCUGGACGCUGCCCCGCCUCACCCAGCUCCUGCUCAACGGCAACAGGCUGACGAGGGCCACUGCCCGUGAGCUCACUGAGGCCGUCAAGGACUCCACCAAGUUCCCCGCGCUGGCCUGGGUAGACCUGGGCAACAAUGUGGACGUGGCCUCCUUGCCCCAGCCCCUGCUGGUCGGCCUACGCCGGCGGCUGAGCCAGCGCACCUCACUCCCCACCAUCUAUGAGGGCCUGGACCUCGAGCCUGAGGGCAGUGAGGCCAGGGCCACCUCUGCUGCCUCCACCUGGGGCUCUGCAGCUGCCGAGCCAGGGUCGGAGCCCCAGGCCUGCUGCACGAGGUGACCUGCCACCACCCUGGCUGCUGCUACCUGACUGCCAGUGGCACAUGGGAUGGGGGAUGAUGGAGGCCUUCUAGGUCCCCAGAAAUCCAGUGUAAAUACUCAGCCUGGGAUUAAGGGGAUGGAAGGAGAAUGGGUUCACUAGAGGCUAGAUGGUCAGCCCAGGAUGGAGUCUCAGACUUCCCUCAGCAGGAGGGCCCAGAACCUGCUGUGCCGAUCCCACAGUAAACAGAGAUGCCCCCCUCUG